AUGCCUUGUCAAGGGAGUGUCCUGCAGAUAUUAUCUGGUCCUAGAAGUGUAGUUCCUAAUUAUUCCUGCAGGGACAAAGGGCAAAUUGCUGGAUUUAUUGGAGAUCGGUCAACAAUCACAUCCCUGCCUAUAGCCCAGCUAUUGAGUAUCUAUGGAUACUUACAGAUUAGUUAUGGUGACACAGACCCUGUGCUGAAUGACAGAUCUCUAUACCCAUACUAUUUUAGUACAGGACCAAGUGAGCACGUACAGCACAUUGCUAUAGCAAAGCUGGUGAAACAUUUUGGUUGGACCUGGGUGAUCAUUUUGGCAUCUAGUGAUGAUGGUGGACAGAGAGAGAGUCAAAACCUCAAAAACGAGAUCACUAAACUCGGUGCUUGUGUUGACCUCAUUGGCACUUUAACGGAAGAUGAAAACACAGCUUUACACCGAUAUCUACGAAAUGUUGGCUUAAAUGCCCCCCCACCGGGAGAAAUAGCUUUAAAUGAAUCAUAUGAGAUUUACUCCAUGUAUUAUUAUGAGUCAACCGACAUCAGUUAUGCAGAAAGUGUUGAUAUGGACAAUUGUCUAAAAUGUGGGGACUAUGAAUGGCCAAACCCAAAUAAAACUGUGUGUAUUGAGAAGCCAAUUGAAUUCCUAUCAUAUAGUGAUGAUUCUCUAACUCUGACCUUUAUUGUCCACUCACUGGUGUUUUUUAUAAUAGCAGCAGUUAUUCUGGGAAUCUUUAUUAUGUUUCAAGACACUCCAGUAGUGAAAGCCAAUAAUCACAUUUUGAGCUUCAUUCUCCUUGUCUCCAUCAAGCUCAGCUAUCUCUCUGUGUUUUUGUUUCUUGGCCAACCUAUUGAUGUAACCUGUAUUUUCCGGCAAACCUCCUUUGGAAUCACCUUUUCCAUGGCUAUGUCAUCUGUACUAGCUAAGACUACCAUGGUUUACUUUGCUUUUAAAGCCACCAAGCCUGGCAGUCCAUGGAGAAAAUGGGUUGGAGCAAAGGUGGCUUAUUGUAUUGUUUUUGUUUGUUCAAUUAUCCAAAUGCUAAUUAGUGUUAUCUGGUUGGCCACUUCUCCCCCCUUUGUAGAGCUUAAUUUACUUUCAGAACCUGGAAAAAUCAUCAUUCAGUGCAAUGAGGGCUCUGUCAUUGCCUUCUAUAUUGUCCUCUCCUACAUGGGAUUGUUGGCAUUUGUGAGUUUCAUUGUAGCUUUCUUGGCUCGGACAUUACCAGACAGUUUUAAUGAGGCCAAGUACAUCACUUUCAGCAUGUUGGUGUUCUGUAGUGUUUGGAUCACAAUGAUCCCGGCCUAUCUAAGCACCAAAGGCAAAUACAUGGUGGCAGUGGAAAUAUUUGCUAUGAUCUCUUCAAGCAGUGGCCUUCUUUUCUGUAUAUUUCUACCCAAAUGUUACAUUAUUUUAUUAAAGCCUGAGAUGAAUACUAAGAAAUAUUUACUAGGGAAUAAGAAAUAG